AUGGCGUUUUGGAGAAUCGGCAAUGGGUUCUCGUCAGUGUCCCCUAUAGACAAGAUUCUCGAUAAAAAUGAUCAUACGCUGGUUGAUUUGCUCAACGAGCCAGACCUGCUCCAAGAGCUUCUGGCUCCUAAUACCAAGCUCAUUGAGUACCUCAGACAACCCGAUGUUAUGGCCGAGAUGAUUCGAUAUAUCGCUGAUAUGAACGACAAAUUAGAAGAUGAAGGUGAUAGUGGAGGUGGUAGUAGCACUACUGGUGCCAGUGGUAAAGCAACUACUGCUGAUAGUAAUGUUAGUGCCGGUGGCGAUAGUGGUGCAAGAGCGGGUGCCAAACAUGGACUGGACGAUAAACCACUUCCAUCCACGCCAGUAUCGUCUGAAAUGACCGACGUUGACGAUGAUGAUAAUGGAGAGCUCGAUCUUCAUACCGGCAGUGCUGAUGUGGAUAUGGCCGAAAGUGGCAGUCUUAGCACCGAGACUGAAUACGACAGUACCAAUACUACUAGUAGCACCACGAAAGCUGCUAAACGGAGUCGCGAGUCGGACUCGGACUCUUCUUCUGAUAAAGAUGAAGACGAUAAUAAUAACGAGUCGUCGACAAGUAACCAAGAUACUGGAUCCGCAUCAGCAUCAUCAGCAUCAGCACCCAAGACAGGUGUAUCCAACAAAGUCAAGCACGGGUUAUUAAAUCGAACUGGAUAUACAGAUGACGAUGAAGACGAAGAAGACGAGGAUGACGAGGACGAUAACAACAGUAAUCAGAGUGGUAACGAGGCAUAUGAUUCCAGUUUCGACGAUAUCCAAGAAACAAAACAGCGCCACGCCCAAGUUUGUUCAGAGAUUCUGUCAGCCGACGUAUGGAGUCUUACCGAGGCACUCAUGGAGUGUACAGACCUGAUUGAAGAGAUCUGGAAAAUCCUCGACUAUCCGACCCCUCUGGACAUCUCGUACGCAUCCUACUUCACCAAGAUCAGCGAGCAUCUGCUCGACAAGAAAACCGACGAAAUGCUCGCGUUCAUCCGCAGCCAGAAGAGCUUCGUCAAGCGGUUCAUGAAACACAUCGACAACCCGCCGCUAAUGGAUUUCCUCCUCAAAGUCAUUUCCAGCGACAAAUCCGACAACUCGACCGGUAUCAUCGAUGUAAGUGUUUCCCCGGAUGCCUCCGGCGGCUGGGGCUGCGCCCCAGACCCCCCGGCUCCUCUCGCUGCGCUCGAGUCGGUCCGUCUACGGUCCCAGCAACUCCUGCGAAGCAGGAGCCACGGGGUCUGGGGCGCAGCCCCAGCCGACGGAGGCACACUGGCCCCCCGAAGAGAGUACUAA